CCUUUGCCCAGCCUUUCUCGUUAAACAUCACAGAUUUAUGGAUUGAACAUGAACAUGUUGUUUCAUCCAAUGACUCGAUUCCACGUUUUAUACUGAAGUUUUUGGCCUAAAACCAUGACAAAAAUUCGAUUUUUAACAAACUAGUCAUAACACAUCGGAUAUUUCUACAUUUUCUCACGUGGCCUACUCCAGCAAACUGUGUUAUUUAACGGGCAAGAUACCGCUACCAGAAGUAGCAACUUGAGUGGAACAAUCUGCUCCAAAUCCGUUCCCUGUUAAUGUGAAGAUGGAUCCGGAUUUGAUCUUCUAUGGCGUGUUGGGCUUUGCCUGGAUCGAGUUCCUGUGGGAAGCCUACUUGAGUCACCGUCAGCGCCGUGUCUAUGCCACCCACACUCACUUGCCCGCCCAACUCACAUCUAUCAUGAGUGCCGAAACCUUCGAAAAGGCCCGUUCCUACGCUUUGGACAAGUCCAGAUUUGGCGCCGUCGAGGGCAUCUUUAGCCAGGUUCUCUCCACGGCUCUCAUGUGGUUUCUGGCCUUCAAGCAUGUCUGGAGCUUCUCAGGUGAUUUCCUUGACAAGCAAGGCUACAAGGCCGAAGAAAACGAGAUUCUGCGAUCCAUCGUACUCACCGUCAUCUUCAAUGUCUUCAAUACCAUCAUCGGAUUACCGUUCAGCGUGUAUAGCACCUUCGUUUUGGAGGAGAAACACGGGUUCAACAAGCAAACCGUUGGAUUUUUCAUCAAAGACAAGAUCAAAUCCUUCAUCAUCUCGCAGGCCAUUAUGAUCCCUCUGUUGGCGGUGGUGAUCAAAAUUAUCCAAGAGGGUGGAGACUACUUCUUCGUGUAUCUGUGGGGCUUUAUCCUGGUGUUCACCAUGUUCAUGAUGGUCAUUUACCCGGAGUUUAUCGCUCCGUUGUUCGACAAGUACACCCCUUUGCCAGAGGGCGAUUUACGGCACAAGAUUGAGGAGUUGGCCGCUUCCAUCGAUUUCCCUCUUUACAAGUUGUUUGUGGUGGAAGGAUCCAAACGGUCCACCCAUAGUAACGCCUACUUCUACGGCUUCUUCAACUUCAAGCGAAUCGUUCUGUUUGAUACCCUCCUCGAGGCGUCAGAGCGUGAAAAGCUCAAGAGUGAUGAGGAUAAGCAGAAGGAGAAGGAGGAGGACGCCAAUCAAAACGAAGAAGAGAGGAAGAAGAAAGAAGAGGAAAAGACCAAAGGCUGCACCACGGACGAGAUCUUGGCCGUUCUAGGACACGAACUCGGACAUUGGAAGCUCAAUCAUGUGUUGAAGAACAUUCUCAUCUCUCAGGUGCACAUCUUCUUAAUGUUCGCCUUAUUCGGGUACUUAUUCAAAUAUCAACCGUUGUACACGGCAUUCGGAUUCCCUCAGCAGACGCCCAUCUUGAUGGGCCUCAUGAUCAUCAUGCAGUACAUCACCGCUCCUUACAACGCCCUCUUGAACUUCCUGAUGACCUGCUUAAGCCGACGAUUCGAGUUCCAAGCCGACGAAUUCGCACAAGGCUUGGGGAAAUCCAAAGACCUCAAGACCGCUUUGGUCAAGCUUCAAAACGAUAAUUUGUCAUUCCCGAUCUUUGACAAGCUCUACACGGCUUGGCAUCAUUCGCAUCCUCCACUAUUAGAGCGAUUGGAAGCUUUGGAGGAUAAAAAGCAGAAAUGAACGUGAAAGCACAAAUUUCUGUACAUUUUUUUUUAUCAACACUUUUUGGUUUGUUUUGCCCUGAUUUUCUCAUUUACUGAUAAAUACAUAUCCUCAGUUUGA